AUGGUUGCCCAGCUCGGAGAUCUGUCCAAUGCAACAUACAGCAUCAUUCCCGCAGGAACGAACGGUGGCGCUCAUACUGCCCCUUACCCGCAGUUUGUCGCGUUUGUCGCUGGGGCGGCAAAGAUCACCGUUCCUGGUUCCACCCAAGAAGCCUUUGUCCAUGCUGGCAAAAAUGGGCUGCUUUUCGCCGCGGACACUGCGGCGUUGAGUAGGGGUGGACACGUUACAAUCUUUACGAAGGAAACGUUUCUGAUGCAGGUGCCAACCGCUGGAGGAAUUGUGCCUCCGCACACGGUCCUGUACACAGGCCCGUGUAGGGGGGAUGAACUUAUGAGAUAA